AUGGCCACCUCCAUAUCAGCCUCCGAUGCUUCGGCUCAGCCCGAAAAGCGAGUUUGGUAUCGCGGAACUCUAUUCAAUGCCACUGUCAUUGGUGCAGUAGGCUUCUUGGCCCCGGGUUUAUGGAAUGCUAUGAACUCCUUGGGCGCAGGCGGUGCCCAGUCACCAUUCUUGAUCAAUGCUGCCAAUGCCUUGGUUUUCGGUCUCAUGGGACUUUUAUGUCUCUUCGGCGGUCCGAUUGCUAACCGCAUUGGCUUGAACUGGACCCUGAUGCUGGGUGCUGUUGGAUACCCCGUGUAUUCGGCUGCUUUGUAUACAAACAACAGAUAUGGAAAUGUGUGGUUUGUGCUUCUUGGAUCAGUAUUCUGUGGUCUAUCAGCUGGUCUUUUCUGGGCGUCCGAGGGCGCUGUGGCACUGGGCUACCCUGAGCCUUCUAAGAGAGGUCGCUACAUGAACAUUUGGCUCUGGUUCCGCACAGGUGGUCCAUUAUUGGGAGGUGCUAUCGUUCUUGGACUAAAUCACUCUGGUGACGCCCACAGCAAGGGAAAAGUGGGAUCGCAGACAUACCUCAUCUUUGUCGCGCUACAAUGUCUGGCUGUUCCUAUGGCCUAUUGGCUCACCCCACCCAACAAGGUCCAACGCAGUGAUGGCAGCAAAGUCAAGAUUGUUUUGUUGGACUCUUGGCGCGCCGAAAUGAAAGAGCUCUGGAAGGUCUGCAAGCGCAAGCAGGUUCUCUUGCUUUUGCCUGUAUUCUGGGCUGCGCUCUUCAAUCAGUAUAGCGGAAACUUCAAGACCUAUUAUUUCGGUGUCCGUGCACGUGCUCUCAUGGGAUUCGUCAGCUACUUUGCCAGUCUGCUUUCCUCGGCGAUCAUCAGUAGAUUCCUGGACUACCAAGGCAUUUCGGUCAAAAACAGAAUCAAGUACAGUUUCUUCUACGUGAUUGUGGUGCACAUCGUCGCUUGGGUUUACUGCUGGGUCAUCCAAACAAAGUACAGCAAGAACCCACCAGUACUAGACUGGGCCGACAAGGGUUUUGUGGAAGGAUUCUUCGUUAUCCUCCUCUGGGAAUUCUCUCAGCAGUGCAUGUCUAACUUCCUAUACUACCUUCUUGCUACCAUGACGGAUAAUAUCUCCGAACUCUCCCGUCUUACUGGAAUUCUGCGCGGCCAAGAGAGUUUCUCGCAAGCCGUAUCUUUUGGUCUAAACACCCGCGAGUGGGCAGGCGGAAGAGUACCUCUCGCUGUGAACACAAUCCUCCUUGUUCUCGCUAUCUGGCCGACAUGGCUGGUUGUCAGGGAUCAUAGUCCUAUUGAACAUUCCAAGGAAGCUGCUGAGUUCCCCCAGGGUCAGGACGAGGAGCAGAACACAGCCGUCAUCUCCGAAAAGGAGCCUUAUGUUGUUGGAGAAGCUGUCCCAACUAAAUGA